AUGCUCUCUUUUUUUUUCUUCCUCUUUUCUCAUUUAAUUAGUCCUUCUCCUUUUUUUCUUUUUUUUUUUUUCGUUUUCUUUUUUCAUAUCCUGGUUUAUUUUCUCUUCUUUUUUUUUUGUAUUUCUUUUCUUGAAUAUUAUGGAGAGAUGACUCAUGAAAGACGUUGUCUACGUAACUGCCAUUUUCCCCUACAUCAUUCUUCUCAUCUUCUUCUUCCGUGGAGUCACUCUUCCCGGAUACGAAAAUGGCCUCUAUCACCUGUUUGUUCCCGAGCUUUUUUUUUAAUUCUUUUUUCUGGAUUCCAGUUUUCCCGCCUUUCCGAUCCGCAAGUGUGGGUAGAUGCCGCUAGCCAGAUCUUCUAUUCGCUGGGACUAGGUUUUGGCAGUUUGAUUGCUCUCUCCUCUUAUAAUCCACCCAGAAACAACUGUCAUCGGGACGCCAUUUUGAUUGCUCUGACCAAUUGUUGCACUUCGCUUUUUGCUGGCAUUGUUGUCUUUAGCAUUCUAGGUUUCAAGGCCACAAAACGGUUGGAGGUUUGCCAAAAGAUUCGAUCUCUGGAGUUGAUGGCAUUGUUUAACGACACAGAAAUUAACCCGCCCCCGGCCGGAACUCUUGUGAAUAUAACCUCGGCACUUGGAGAGAUCACUUCCGUUGUGAUGCCCAACAUUACGACGUGCAGUUUUAAAGAAGAGAUCAAAAAGUCAGCGUCCGGUACCGGUUUGACAUUCAUCGCAUUCACAGAAGCCAUUAACCAAUUCUCUGCCUCGCCUGUGUGGUCUGUUCUUUUCUUCCUGAUGUUACUCACUAUUGGACUGGACAGUAUGUUCGCCACACUUGAAGGGGUCAUCACUCCGCUUACGGAUUUGGGAAUAUUCCCCGAUGCUCAAAAACAUCCUUCGGUUCUUGGAGGUUUUCUCUGUAUAUCGUCCUUUUUCAUUUCCUUCAUCUUCGCCAAUCAAGCCGGACCUUAUAUCUUCGUUCUUUUUGAUGAGUACGUCACCAGUCUGCCAUUGUUAAUCGUCGUCAUCUUUGAAAUCAUCACAAUCUCCUAUAUUUACGGCCUCUACAGAUUCAGCAACGACAUUGAGCUGAUGACUGGCCGUCGACCUGGUUACUAUAUGCUCACUUGUUGGAAAUGCGUGUGUCCUUUGAUUAUUGCCUUGUUAAUUAUCGUUGUGUUGGUCAAUCUGGCCACCGAGUACAAAACAUAUGAAGCCUGGAAUCGUGAAACGGGUAGCCUCUGGCGCUUACCGUGGCCUGCUUGGUGCAUGGGCUUGGCUGUUUGUCUCAUUGCACUUUCCACAAUUUGGAUACCAUUCGUGGCGCUUCUUAGAAAACUGAGACCAUCCAGUUGGCCCGGGCAUUCACCAGCAUAUUUCCCCACCAAGUUGAUCCAAAUAGAACGAAACCUGAAACCUUAUGAGCCAACCAAAUGUGAACGCUGUCUGCUCUUCAGGUGGGAGCCAAACGUCCCGCCCAUCUAUUCACAUCUAUCUAUCUAUCUAUCUAUCUAUCUAUCUAUCUAUCUAUUACAUUCACUUACUCUAAUCACAUCUAUCUAUCUAUCUAUCUAUUGA